AUGUGUGGUAGAUAUGCUCUCGGCGUGCGCAUGGCCUUCAUGCGUCGUCGCCUCCAAGAACAAGGCCUCCAGGUCGACGAAGCGCCCUCCGAUGACGAGGUCCGAGAAACCUACAACUUCGCUCCGGGGAACUUUGGUGCUGUCUAUCGUGCGGAUAUAUAUCCUUCUGAACACGGCGAGGGACAAUAUGAGAACGACGACAGCGGACCUCACAAUACAUCACGUACCCAGAAUAGAGAUGGAGGGAAAGACGAACAAACGCAAUCAAGCUCCCAGCUCCACUACAAAAUCCAAAGUAUGAAGUGGGGACUGGUUCCGUCUUGGACGAAGCGGAAACCAGAUUACGGGUCGCUGAUGCGGACGAUCAAUUGUCGGGAUGACUCGUUGGUCGAGGAUCGCGGGAUGUGGACGUCUAUGAAGCGGAAGAAGAGGUGUGUGAUUGUCUGCCAGGGUUUCUAUGAGUGGUUGAAGAAGGGGCCUGGGGGGAAGGAGAAAGUGCCGCAUUUUGUGAAGCGGAAGGAUGGGGAGUUGAUGCUUUUUGCUGGGUUGUGGGAUUGUGUUUCUUAUGAAGUGAGGCGAUGA